AUGUCCGACUGGAAAUACGACGCCUUCUUACAUACAUUUUCCGUUCUCGUAGACUUAUUCUUCCGCGAAGUUCAUCCGCGAGGCGCAUGGAGAGUGCCAAGGACCGGGCCUAUUCUCUUCGUCGCCGCGCCGCAUGCCAACCAAUUCGUCGACGGCUUAGUCCUCCAACGGACGCUGAAAAAUGAAGCCCAGCGGCGCGUAGGCCUACUCAUCGCCGAGAAAUCAGUGCACGGCUUCAUCGGAUGGGGGUCCCGCCAGACUGGGUCCGUCCCUGUCGGCCGAGCGCAGGAUAAAGCGAAACCCGCUUCAGGUGUUAUCUAUCUUCCCGACCCCAUCAACGAUCCAACCUUGAUCCGAGGCGUGGGCACGGACUUCGAAAAAGAAGCCGAGGUUGGCGGCAUGCUGUUCCUGCCCUCCGUGAAGGGCCAGUCGGGUAGCUCGAUCGACAUAUCCAAGAUCAUCGGACCCAAGGAAAUUCGAAUUAAGCGGCCGUUCAAGGGAAAGGUUCCCCUGCAGCAGCUAACCGGUCGAGACGAUAUCGACGAGAAGGGAAAUUUUACUAAUAAGGAAUUGAAGGGCCCAAAAGAUGGCUUUGAGGGUACUAAGUUUAAGCUGGCUCCUCAUAUCGAUCAGACUGAGGUUUACGAGGCGGUUUUCAAUCGUCUAAGAUCAGGUGGUUGUAUUGGAAUUUUUCCUGAAGGAGGUAGCCAUGACAGGACGGAAUUGCUACCUCUGAAGGCUGGUGUCGCCAUCAUGGCGUUGGGUACCCUGGCCAAAGACCCCGACUGUGGACUGCAAAUUGUUCCUGUUGGGAUGAACUACUUCCAUGCUCACAAGUUCCGGUCACGGGCUGUCGUUGAAUUUGGAGCCCCUUUCCAAAUCCCAAGAGAUCUGGUUGAGAAAUAUAAGAACAACGAGAGGAGAGAUGCGAUUGGCCAGACACUCGAUAUGGUACAUCAAGCUUUGAGCGCCGUUACGGUAUCGGCUCCGGAUUACGAUACCUUGAUGUGCAUCCAAGCAGCCCGGCGACUAUACAAUACUGGGAAGAAACUACCUCUGCCCAUGGUGGUGGAGCUGAACAGGAGGUUAGCCGUCGGCUUCUCCAAAUAUAAGGAUGACCCACGCAUUAUCGAUCUGAUGAACAAUAUCAAGGAUUACAACAAGCAGCUCAGCUACCUCAAUAUCAAGGACCACCAAGUGGCCUAUGCUAAGAUGACUCUCCCGAUAGUUAUCGUCACCCUUCUAUACCGGAUUGUUAAGCUUCUACUUCUCUCCAUCGGUGUGAUCCCCGGCCUUGUUCUUUUCGCGCCGGUCUUUGCCGCAUCUAAGAUCAUUAGCCAUAAAAAGGCUAAAGAAGCGUUAGCGGCUUCGUCGGUUAAGAUACAAGGCAAGGAUGUCAUGGCCACGUGGAAACUCCUCGUGGCCAUGGCGUUUGCGCCCGUGCUCUACAACCUAUAUUCCAUCUUGCUCUCAUUCAAGGUGUACCAGGAUCACUUAUGGGGCUACGUACCGGAGUGGGUGCCGUUCUGGUUAGUAUUCAUUGCUGGUUGGAUCGUCUUCCCGGCUAUCACAUUUGCCGCUUUGCGCUUUGGCGAAGUUGGUAUGGACAUAUUCAAAUCUCUCAGGCCCCUUGUUCUGUGCAUCAGCCCUACAUCUAGUUACAGCAUCCACAAGCUUCGGGAGCGGAGAGCAGAAUUAUCUGAGAAGGUAGUCCAGGUCAUCAACGAUCUCGGACCCGACAUGUACGAGGACUUCGAACAUACGCGUCUGGUCGCAGACCCGCGUGCGAACGGUGCGAUCUCGCUCAGGGAAGCUAGCGUUCCAGACAGGACGGAGCCGACGCCGCCGGACUCCCCGCACCUUUCGAGGAAGAAUACCACAAAAUCGAGCCAGGCCAUCCCAAGAAACGAGUCUUUCAGCAACAUUGGUGCCAUCGGUAUGUUCGCGACGCGCCCGCCAUCCCGGUCUAGAAGCCGCAGCAGCAGUAGCGGAGGCGGGUUCGGGUCCGGCGGGUUUCCGGUGUCAGGGUUCACGACGUUGGAUAGUAACGAGGGUUUCAACGAAGCGAGCAAUAAGAUCAGGGCGGCGAUGAAGCAGAUGGGGCAGCUGAGACGGAGGAAAAGCGGAAAAGAAAGAAAGAUGGCGGCAGGUCUGCUCUCGCUGAUCGGAGGGGCGCGGCGGGCGUUGACCGGGAGCGCGCGCGCGUCGGAGCUGUUCCCGCAGACGCGGCCGGACGUCGACGGCGAGGCGUGUAAGCACGACUGCGACAGCUGCACCGUUAAGUACCCGCGGCAUUUCAAGGUCGAGGAGUCGCACCCGCUGUACGGCAAUAUCAAGCCCUGGAGCACGCACGUCAUCGUCGCGACUAGCAAGUCGGAUUGGAAGAGGGAUGUGGAGGAUGAGAAGGGCAGUGUGAUGGAGGCGUUUGGGCAUGCUAGUAAACCUGGUAACGGGCGCCUCAUGCUCUCCGCCUCCAACAUGCCCACAUCGUCGCAUCAGGCCGACUACUCGCAACCCACAUCCAUCUUGGUUCUCCCCGCCUUCACCAUUAUCGACAACGUGACGCCUCCCGCCGUCCCCUCCCUCAUCAACAAGUACAUCUCACGCGUGCCUACAACCUCAGACCCCCUAGACCCGAUUUCCCUCCCCACAACCAUCCCGUCGUCCCGCUCCGCCGUCGGCGACAUGCACGCGCGCCCCUGUCCCCACCGCGCUAUCGUCCUCCUGUGCUCGCACCGCACGCGCGACGCCCGUUGCGGUCAGAGCGCACCGCUCAUCAAGAAGGAGCUUGAGCGGCACUUGCGCCCGCUGGGUCUGGAGCGCGAUCUCGAUGAUGAGAGACCCGGAGGUGUGGGCAUUUACUUCGUCAACCACGUCGGAGGUCACAAGUACUCGGCCAACGUCCUAAUUUACCGCCGCCCGGACGCCUUCGGCCUCGAUAAGGUAGAUCGAGGGAAGCUGCCCCCGGGCCAGGAGCCGCAGGUCAAGGUUGUGAAGCCGGUGCCUGCGGAGGAUGGAGAGGAAGCUGAGGAGCCGGAUGUAGGAGCUGGCCAGUGUAUCUGGCUUGCGCGAGUGCGUCCCGAGGACUGCGAGAAUCUGGUUCGGUAUACGAUUCUGCAGGGCAAGGUUGUCAAGCCGGAUAAGCAGCUGCGGGGUGGGUUUGAUCGGAGCACGGGGAUGAUGAGCUGGUAG